AUGCCGCCGAGGUCGCUGGUCGCCGGCCGCGACGAGGCCCUGCGCUGCCUCGUCGCCGGCCACCCCAUCCGCGCCAUCACCUGGGAGAAGGACGGACGGCCGCUUCCCACGUCGCCGCACCGCCAGCGCGUCUUCCCCAACGGCACGCUGGUCGUCGUGGACGUGCAGAAGGCCGUGGACGAGGGCGAGUACGCCUGCAUCGCCACGGCGCCGGGCGGCGAGUCGGCGCGCCGCAGCGUCGCCGUCAAGGUCCUGGAGGCUCCCGAGAUCGCGCCGCUGUCGGAGCAGACGCACUACCUGCGAGGCUCCAGGCUCUACUUGACGUGCCUGGCGACGCGCGGCGACGGCCCGCUGCGCUUCCGCUGGCUCAAGGACGGCGUGCCGCUGUCGGGGGCCGGCUCAGACGCGGCGGGCGCGCUCCCCGGCGGCGUGGUGGCGCGCACACUGGAUGACUUCUCGACGGCGCUGACGUUCCCCGCGCUGCAGCCCGCCCACUCGGGCAACUACACCUGCGAGCUGAGCAACGCGGCGGCCAUCGCGUCGCGGUCGGCCCAGGUCGUCGUCACGGUGGCGCCGACCUGGUCCGUGGAGCCGGUCCCCACGGAGGUCCUCAAGGGCAACACCGCGCUGCUGCACUGCACCGCGGGGGGCUUCCCCAAGCCCACCAUCUCGUGGGCCGGGCCCAGCGCGUCGCAGUACUUCCGGCCGGAGGAGGCGGCCGUCACACACCCUGUCCUGGACAACGGCACGCUGCUCAUCGAGGCGGCGGCGCGCGAGGACCGCGGCUUCUACCACUGCACUGCCAGCAACGGCAUGGGCAAGCCGCUGAGCCGCGCCGUCUUCCUCACGGUGCACGUGCCGGCGCAUUUCGACCGGCCCACGCAGACGGUGCGCGCGGCGCGCGGCUCCACGGCGGAGCUGGAGUGCCAGGCGCAGGGCGACGCGCCGCUCAGCCUGCACUGGACGAGGGAGGGCCGCCGCUUCGAGGAGCUCAAGCCCAAGGAGGACGCCACGGAGGUCGGCGUCACGUCCAGACUCACCCUGCGGGCGGUGCAGCGCGUGGACUCGGCGCGGUUCGCGUGCGUGGCCUCCAACCGCUUCGGCGCCGCGCGGCAGGAGGUGGUGCUGACGGUGCAGGAGGCCCCCGAGGCCCCCCCGCAGCUGCGCGUCACGGGGCUGGCGUCGCGCGCCGCCAACCUGUCCUGGGAGGCGCCCUACGCCGGCAACUCGCCCCUCACCGCCUACCGCCUGUCCUACUCCAACGCCUCGGGCCAGUGGCAGGCCGAGGUGGAGCCGUCGCAGCGCGGCGCCCUGCUCAGCGGCCUGCAGCCCGCCACCGCCUACCAGGUACGCCAAAAACAAUGA